GGGGGGGAAGAGAGAGAGGAGAGAGGGGGAGCUCUGUACCAUGUAGCAGUCUACUGGCUACUCGGCUGCCGUCACGCCGUCUCCCUGCCCAUGUCAUCACAGCCAGGGCUGCACCCACCUCAAUGCACCGGCGGAGAGGCAGCGCGUGGGGCGGGAGCCAUGCACGGCAGCAUCCCUCUAAGCAGGGACGCGCUCUUCUCUAGGCGGGGCAUGCACAAGUCCUUCUGAACGGCGAACUUCCCAAGGACUAUUUAUAAUGUCAUCUAUAGAGGAGAAAAUCUCAGUCAGGAAAUCUCAUCAUUUUCUCUAAAUACGCCGUUGCAUUUUGCGUGCUAUUUUAUCCCCGUUAAACAGGAGCGAAGAUGGGUUGCGGAGAGACCAUGCCACACGUAUGAAUCGCACAGUUUCGCCGUCGUAAAACGACUUAGGUUGAGCAAGAGUACAGGUUGACAGCCUUCGCUUAAACAUCGUUAGCUUUUGUAUCAGCGUUACAAUUGUGCUGAUGGAGAAACCCACACAACCACAACCUCCGCCACAGCAAGCGAUGUCUAACAGUGCAGAAAGUCCGGCGGAAGACAUCUCCAAGCUGUCGGACGAGGAUCUGCUGAAGUGGAGCAAAGAGGACUUGGUGCGGCGUUUGCGAAGGGCGGAAGCGGAGAAGAUGAGCAUCAUACUGGACCACGGAAACCUGAUUCGGGAGGUCAACCGCAGUCUCCAGUUGCACCUUAAUGAGAUCAGAGGACUGAAGGACGUGAACCAGAAACUGCAGGAGGACAACCAGGAGCUGCGUGACCUGUGCUGCUUCCUGGACGACGACCGGCAGAAGGGGAAGCGGGUGUCACGGGAGUGGCAACGCCUCGGGCGCUACAGUUCCAGCAUCAUGCGCAAGGAGGUGACCCUCUACCUGCAGAAGCUGAAGGAGCUGGAAGUACGCCAGGAGGAGGUGAUCAGGGAGAACCUGGAGCUGAAGGAGCUUUGCCUCAUGCUGGAUGAGGAGAAGGGGCCAGGGGGUAUCGGGGGGGUCGGCCCGGGGACGGCGGGCUGCCGCAACUCCAUCGACAGCCAGAGCAGUCUGACCGUCCCCGGGGCGGGGCUGUUGCGGGACGUGGGCGACGGCAGCAGCACCUCCAGCGGGGGCAGCACUGACAGCCCUGAUCAUGUGCAUCACAAGCAGCAGCUCCUGAUUGCUCCUGUAGGAGGCAGUCCCGAGCAUAUUCAGAAGGCCAAGGACCUGGUAGGGGGAGUGGGAGAGGGGGUUAUCCCAGAGCAUCCUGGCAGGCACAGGAGCACCAGUCUCGAUUACCCUCUGCCCUUUCCCCAGCCCUCCAGGCCACGUGGUGGCUCCAUCUCCAGCCCCGACCACAAGUCCCUGCGGGGACUGAGUCCCGAGAAGCACAGCCUGAUCCUGGGCCGUAGGAGCCCGGAGCAGCACCCCAAGCACAGCACAGAGACGCUAUCACCAAAGCACCUUCUCGGGUCGGCGCCAGGGAGCCCGGAGCAGUUCCACAAGCACAGAGGGAGCAUCAGCAGCAGGUGUGGCAGCCCCGAGCCCAAGCAAGCCCUGGCCGGUGCCACGGAGCUGCUGCACAAGGCCCGCUUAGGUGGGGGCAGCCAGGAGUCGCUCAGGCUGCAGUACGCCAGCAGUCCGGAGCACGUGAAGUUCGGUAGCCCGGGCAGGGAGAUGGCGGCGAGGAGGCCGGCCGGAGAUGAUCUGUCACCCCACCACAGGAGCAUCUACAACGGCAUGAACGCUCUGAUAUCUGCUGGCUGUUGCACCACCAACUGUAGAAGUGUAAAACUUUGGGACAGCUUUGACGCAUCAUCUUGACCAUAGUAUUGCCCGGCGGCUUGUGACGGAGUGGGGGGGGGGGGGGGGGGGGGGUUGGGGUUGUGGCCUGGAAAGCAGCCAUAUUACCUCCCCUGCCCACUUGCUCCGAGUGAAAAGAAAAAAAAAAUGAAUCCCCAACGCUGGAUAGUGUCGCCAUCGAUGGCCGUGCGCUUUUUACAACAGACCGAACCUCCACAUCUCUCCCACAUUUCAGUUUCUGCAUAUCGAAGGUCUGGAUUUCCAGUCAUUCUGAGAGCGUGACUAAAUCCCCAAGACUGCCGGGGGAUGUGAGCGAGGUCCUCUCUGCCAGCGUAUAACAGUGUCCUACCUCUUUAAAGGGAAGAAAAGGAAUUUUGCUGAGGAAUAAUAGCGGGAUUUUUCAAAGCGAUCAAACCUAUUGUUUACAGCUACAUGUCAGCAGAAGCGGUCACACGCCGGGCUAAUUCGGCUUCAGCUCCCUCCUCCUUGGACAUCUUGUACUGUCUGCUGAUUGGUCUGCCUGUGGAUGCCCCCCCCCCCCCCAUCGUGACCGGUGAUGAACCAGUAACAACUGAACAUUCCACUGUUGCUCUCCUAGGCCUGCACCCCAGCCUAUUCUGGUGUGUAAAAAUAUUUACUAUAGAAAAUCAAGGGUAUUGGACAAUACCUGUAACUGUUCCUUUGUUGUUGAGGAGAGCUGUUGGGAAACGUUCCUUUCCAGUACGAUAGUCAAUAGCUACUUUGUAACUUUUUUUCUGUGAUCUUUUUUAUUUUUGUUGACAGAUGAACAGAAAAAAAAACAACAGAGGUUAAAUUCAAUUUUAUGUUUUUAAAUAAAAUACAGAGUAGUUUAUUGGAUUAGUUUUUUAAAUAUUAUAAUUAUUAUUUUUGACUUACAAGUAUUAUAACAAUUAUAUGAAAGAUGUAUGUAUAGACUAAUAAAGUUUAAUCUUUAUGUAAAAUG